GAUUUGCUGUUGUGAGGCCCCCAGGCCAUCACGCUGAAGAAUCCACAGCCAUGGGGUUCUGCUUUUUUAAUUCAGUUGCAAUUACCGCCAAAUACUUGAGAGACCAACUAAAUAUAAGCAAGAUAUUGAUUGUAGAUCUGGAUGUUCACCAUGGAAAUGGUACACAGCAGGCCUUUUAUGCUGACCCCAGCAUCCUGUAUAUUUCACUCCAUCGCUAUGAUGAAGGGAACUUUUUCCCUGGCAGUGGAGCCCCAAAUGAGGUUGGAACAGGCCUUGGAGAAGGAUACAAUAUAAAUAUUGCCUGGACAGGUGGCCUUGAUCCCCCCAUGGGAGAUACUGAGUACCUUGAAGCGUUCAGGACUAUAGUGAAGCCUGUGGCCAAAGAGUUUGAUCCAGACAUGGUCCUGGUUUCUGCUGGAUUUGAUGCAUUAGAAGGCCACGCCCCUCCUCUGGGGGGCUACAAAGUGACAGCAAAAUGCUUUGGUCAUUUGACGAAGCAAUUGAUGACACUGGCUGAUGGACAUGUGGUGUUGGCUCUAGAAGGAGGACAUGAUCUCACAGCCAUCUGCGAUGCAUCAGAAGCCUGUGUAAAUGCCCUGCUAGGAAAUGAGCUGGAGCCACUUGCAGAAGAUAUUCUCCAACAAACUCCGAAUAUGAAUGCUGUUAUUUCUUUACAGAAGAUCAUUGAAAUUCAAAGCAAGUACUGGAAGUCGGUAAGGACGGUGAGUGUGCCGAAGGGCUGCGCUCAGGCUGGGGUGCAGUUGCAAGAGGAGACGGAGACCGUUUCUGCCCUGGCCUCCCUGACGGUGGAUGUGGAACAGCCCUUUGCUCGAGAAGACAACAGAACUGCUGGCGAGCCUAUGGAAGAGGAGCCAGCCUUGUGAAGCGCCAAGUCCUCCCCAGCCUUCCCCACCCCCGAUAUUUCCUGUGUGUGACAUCAUUGCAUAUCCCCCGCCACCCCAGCACCCUCAGACAUGUCUUGUCUGCUGCCUGGGUGGCACAGAUUCCAUGGAACAUAAACACUGGGCACAAAAUUCUGAACAGCAGCUUCACUUGUUCUUUGGAUGGACUUGAAAGGGCAUUAAAGAUUCCUUAAAAGUAACCGCUAUGAUUCUAAAGUUACAGUAAACCACGAUUGGAAGAAACUGCUUCCAGAGUGCUUUUAAUAUGCUGGGUGACCCACUCCCAGGCCCAAAGUAUGAACUAGAAACAUCCAGUACAGCGUUAGAUACUGUUAAUUACAGAUGGUCUGACAGCCAGCGAAAUUUUGGGCAAAACCUGAGAAAUCUCAUUCCUGACAUUCUGAUCAGUUUUUUUAUUGGGAACUUUUUCGUCACACAGUCUUAAAUUGUUUACAGGAUUUGCUUUCAGCUAUGAAAGGAUAGCAAUUCCCGACAGAUCAUGGGGUUUUUUUUUUGUUUUGUUUUGUUUGUUUUGGGCCUUUGUUUUAACAUAUGGUUCAACUCUUGCUAGGAAGAGUCCAAGAUGGAGGAACGAGGAUGAGGCUUUUUUCAGUGGAAUAAACCACAGUGUAUCUCAAAGUCCAAUGCCAAAGCAACCUCACACAUUUUAUGUAAUGGUGCAAUAUUUUAUAUCACAUUUUUUGAGAAAAAUUACCCUGUUUUCCUAACAUCCCUCUCUGUGUUCUCACACACAGGAGAUUUGCAGUUGAUUUAGGAUGAAGUCUCCUUCCUCCCUCAUACAUCCCUUGCUCUGGUGACAGUAGCUCUGAGCAUAUGUUCCACGGAGGAUUUUCAAUGUCUUUGAAAAGUGCAUAACUUUUCAAAGGCCAUCUUAAUUUGUUGCAAAUCUAUCAAGAACUUAUUCUCUCACUUUUAUUUUUCUGCUUUCCAUCACUUCCUUUCUUCUUGCCUUUCAUCCUUCCUUCCUAUAAAAAAGAUGAGGAUUACCCAUAAUCUCCCCAAUUACUCAGGAGCUUUGAGGACUCAGUUUAUUUUCUUGCUUCCCAGGUUAACACAGCUGCUUGGUCUGAUGUGUUCUUUUAGCUCUAAAACCAUUGAGGGCUUAAGCAAUGUUACUGAAUUUUCUAGAUCUUUGAAAUGUGUUAAUGAAGGCAUUGCUUAUUUGAAGUCACCUUGAAUUGAGUUAUCCUUGAAGUUGUGCCUUCAUGUG